GCACAGAAGGGAUGAGGAAGGCCAGGCUCUGGGGGCUGCUGUGGACGCUCUUUGUCUCAGAACUCCACAAGACAGCUGAAUCAAUGGAGGAAAAGUAUGUCCUAGCAGAGGGGCAGACCCUGACCUUGAUCUGUCCCUUCAAUAACGGAAAAUAUAUGCACAGCAAGAAGGCUUGGCAGAGGCUGACGGAGGGAGGGGAGAUCCGGACACUGGUACACACAGAGGAGACUUCAGGGAAGCCCAGUCAAGUCCAAGUGGGGAAGUACAUGCUAAAAGAUGUACCCACAGAGUCCGUACUACAUGUCACAAUGACCAACCUCCAAGUGGAGGACUCGGGACUAUAUCAUUGUGUGAUCUACCAUCCUCCCAGGGAACCUGAAAUCCUGUUCCAUCCAGUCCGCCUGGUGGUGACCAAGAAUCAUUCAGAUACUCCUGCCUCCGAUGAGAGUUCUACCCAGAAUUUGGCUCAGAUUACCACCACCAUCACGACCACGAGCAAGCUCUAUACCAAACCCAGCCUCAUUACCAAAACCUCACCCAUGUCAACUGCUGUCAUUUCAUCUCCUGGCCCCAGAGAUGUUACAAAUGUUGUAGAUGUCUUCAGGAUCCCUGUGUUCAGCAUUGUCGUUCCUGUGGCCUGUUGUCUCCUCACUAAGAGCCUGGUCUUCACUGUCCUGUUUGCUGUCAUGCAGAGGUCAAUUGGAGCCUAGACCCAUGGACUCGUGAGAAUGACCUCUGACCUCCAGCCACGUCCAUCUGGCAGUUGUGUUGGGAGAGGAGUGUGGGGGGAGGGAAUGACAUGGCAUGAAUUGAGUGUCAUCACAGUUGUUUCUAAGGCUCAGGAGCUCACCCUCCUGGCCCUGACUACUCCCCUCCUUUCAGUAACCUGGGUUGUAGGCUUUGCCC